AACUUCCUGUUUCACGGCGAAUUGUUAAAACAACGUUGUAUUCGUCUGGUACACUUUAGUACGAGGCACAGUUAUUUAUACAAGUUUGCCUUUACAUACUGGUGUUUUUUGUUGUGAUUUUAAUGAGGACACUCGACAACGACCCUUUUUAAAAGGAAACUCUCUAAAAUUCAGGGGAAGUGACCCUUAAUCUUUUUUUCAACAUGUCAGACAUCAUGCUGAAUGUGGAUUACACAGAUAGUAGUUCAUGCAGGAAUCAAGAAAAGGACAAAGGGUCAAAUAAGAAGCAUUUGGCCUUUCUGAAAAGGAGAAAAUAUUUAGAGAAAAUGGGUUUCCUCAGACAGAAGCAAUUGCAAGAUCCCCAUUACCCUCCAAAGGUGCUGCCAGGAAGCAGCAAGUCAUGGCCAAAUGGACUUGUGCAGAAGUGCCAUCAACAAGAGUCUAGACCUGCUUCAAAAUCUUGUAGCAGUAUUAUUGAAAACCAUGUCACUUCCACCAUUCAGUCAAAACCUGCUUUUUUGCUCCCAACACCUGUUGCUUUUUCCAGCACUCCGGUUCAUCAGAGCCUGAGUACAGCCUCGUUUCAUCUCCCAUUUUGUUCACCUUCUGGUCUUCCGCUUCCAAAUACUGAAUUGCUGAAACAAUUUCAAAGUGGGUUAACCUCUGCAGGGAAACCUUUGAAGUAUUUAGCUAUGGACUGUGAGAUGGUGGGUACAGGUCCCAAAGGACGACAUAGUGAGCUGGCUCGAUGCAGCAUUGUGGGCUACCAUGGUGAUAUAAUGUAUGAUAAGUACAUUAUGCCUGCGAAUCCUGUGACUGAUUACCGCACACGAUGGAGUGGUAUCACAAAGCACCACCUACGUAAUGCUGUACCCUUUAAAGAGGCCCAGAAGGAGAUUUUAAAGAUCUUGUCUGGGAAGGUGGUGAUUGGACAUGCCGUUCACAAUGACUUCAAAGCUUUAAACUACUUCCAUCCUCCAGCACUGACCCGUGACACUUCGCGCAUCCCACUGCUCAAUGUGAAAGCUGGUAUCUCUGGGGUAGAAACGGCUUCUCUUAAGAGACUCACCAAACUGCUUUUAAAUAAAGACAUUCAGGUUGGACAAAGUGGACACAGUUCUGUGGAAGAUGCUAAGGCUACUAUGGAUCUGUAUAAAAUUGUUGAGCUGGAAUGGGAGCGAAUUCUGGCUUCAAGCCCAGCUGUUCAAUGUACAGUAUCAGUUUAGAAUUUAGCGUCACUUGCCAAGGAGGAUUUGUACAACUCUCAGCAGGAAUUAUCUGCUGGUGUUCAUCUCAAGUUUAAUUUUCAAAAUACAGUUUAACUCUACAAUUCAUCUGAAAAACUUUUAUAUAUGUUCAGAACCAUAUUUAUCAAGAAGAUUGCAUUUAAUGUUCUAGUGAUUUUCCCUGUAAAGUUCAUGUUAUUAUUUGUUCAAGGUUUUGUUCUUGUGUUGCUUUCUUUGAUUUCUUAUUUUUUUCAGAUAUAUCAAUGAAAAUAUGUUGGUGAUCUUGGAAAGUAUUUAGCAAAAAUUGAAACCAGUUUUUUAUUUUUUCCUUGGUUUUGUAAAUUGCAUUACAUGUUUUUAAAGGAUGUGUGUUUUGAGGAGCAAUUUAAUUAUGGUUAAACAAAAAUUGUUUCCAGGGUGAAAAUAGGCAACAUUAAAAUACUGUAGCAGUUUAACAGUAUUGCACAUUCUGAUUAACAAGUACUGUUUUCUAUAGUAAUUGUAUUUACUAAGCAAAAAUUGUGAACCCUAUAUCAAUUGCAAUAUCAAAUUUUGCAUAUUAAGUAAAUUAUUCCUUUCACAUGAUUUUUAAAACGUUCUUAUUCUGUAAUGUUCAAAAUACGUCAAGAUGAAUAUCUGACUUUUCUUUGAACAUUAACUUAAUAGAGUUGUAUUUGCUCUGGCAAUAUAGAUUAUUCAAAACCUCAAGCUAUUUCAUUGAAUCUUACUGUUACAUUCAUCGAAGGGUUAAGAAUAAUAGAUUGUUAUUUUACACGCUUUGAAACAUUAGAAUACAGUAAUCCCUCCUCCAUCGCAGGGGUUGCGUUCCAGACCCCCCCCCCCGCGAAAGGUGAAAAUCCGUGAAGUAGAAACCAUAUGUUUAUAUGGUUAUUUUUAUAUUGUCAUGCUUGGGGCACAGAUUUGCACAGAAACACAGGAGGUUGUAGAGAGACAGGAACGUUAUUCAAACACUGCAAACAAACAUUUGUCUCUUUUUCAAAAGUUUAAACUGUGCUCCAUGACAAGACAGAGAUGACAGUUCUGUCUCACAAUUAAAAGAAUGCAAACAUAUCUUCCUCUUCAAAGGAGUGCGCAUCAGGAGCAGAGACUGUCAGAAAGAGAGAGGAAAGCAAACAAAUCAAUAGGGCUGUUUGGCUUUUAAGUAUGCGAAGCACCACCGGACAAAGCUGUUGAAGGCGGCAGCUUACACCCCCUCUGUCAGGAGCAGAGAAAGAGAGAGAGAGACAGAGAAAAACAAACAAUCAAAAAUCAAUACGUGCCCUUCGAGCUUUUAAGUAUGCGAAGCACCGUGCAGCAUGUCGCUUCACGAAGCAGCUGCACAGAAGGUAGCAACGUGAAGAUAAUCUUUCAGCAUUUUUAGACUAGCGUCCCUAUCGUCUAGGUGUGCGAACAGCCCCCCUGCUCAAUCCCCCUACAUCAGGAUCAGAGAAAGUCAGCGCAACAGAGAGAGAGAAAAGUAAGUUGGGUAGCUUCUCCGCCAUCUGCCAAUAGCGUCCCUUGUAUGAAAUCAACUGGGCAAACCAACUGAGGAAGCAUGUACCAGAAAUUAAAAGACCCAUUGUCCACAGAAAUCCGCGAACCAGCAAAAAAUCCGCGAUGUAUAUUUAAAUAUGCUUACAUAUAAAAUCCGCGAUAGAGUGAAGCCGCGAAAGGCGAAGCGCGAUAUAGCGAGGGAUUACUGUAUCUUCAAUCACGUUUUUCAUCUGUUUAUGCCAUUGACUGAGUUUUUAUUUAGUAUUAUGUCAUCUACAGUAGCUUUAAAUAAUUCAAAUUGCAUUUGAAAAUGGUAAAAUAUAGAAAAUGCCAUAUAACAGCAACACUUUUAAAGCUAAGUCUUCUUCUGCAAUGGACAUAUAGAUGCAUGUAAAUUACAGAUAAUACAAGAUCUUUAGAUUAGAACAUUAGAAAAGUUUUGACAAGAACAGGUCAUUCAACAAAGCUCUCCAAUCCUAUCGACCUAUUUCCUCCAAUGGAACAUAACAAUUUUGACGAGAACAGCUUUUAAAGUGUUUUCAACUACAGGUUAACUCAUGCUCACAAAGUACUACGAAUAGCAUUAGUUUUUGCUCUAGGAAAUAAAGGCAAACCCUGUUUUUGAGCUGUUUUUCAGAUUACUUUCUAGUUUAGUGUAAAAAAUAUGCCGAGUAUGUCAACAAAGAGAAAUAUUAUCAGUAAUUUAUGUUAAAUCUGUAAAAGUCUACAGAAAUGCUUUAAAUUAUGUAGCCUUAAUUCAUUAUCUUUUCAUUUUCCUCAGAAAUAUUAUGUCCAUAUUUGCAGUUAAAAUUCUUAUUUAUAAUGAAUAAUAGUUCUUUCUUUAUUUUGCAGUUUUUGUCUAAUACCUUAUUUUAGAUAACUGCUUGUUAGCAGUCUACACUCAAAAAACAUUUAUUAGAAUAUGUCAUCUUCUAACAAUUCUGAUUAACAGAUAUUUACUUUUAAAUUAAAUGUUUUUAGUUUUUGUUUUAGUAGCAGAUUGAUUGCUGAAGUAAAACAGAUUGGUAAAGAGUACAUUUUUUUUUUCUAAUAUGGUUGACACCACUAUCUGGUAAUUUUUUAAAGUAAUAUUAUAUUUUGUUUGUAAUUGAAGUCGUUUUUGCAGCAGUUGCACCUUUCAACCAAAAAAAAAAAAAUCUCAGUGAAUUCGGUGUGUUUAAAACAUACGGUAAAGAAAAGGAAAUAAAGUAAUACACCAGAGUUUGUGGAAAAUG